AUGGAUAAGUAAGCCCAAGAACGCAUAAGUUUGGAUAUAAUUUCUCUGAAUUCAUAAUUAUAAAUUGAAAUGCCAUCUCAUUUUAAAGAAUAAUUUAAAUAGGUUGCAUCAGCUACUUUAAGUGCACUAAAAUAGAUGGAAGCUGCUCCUUUAUUAGUUCAAAGCUAUUAAGCUUUAUAACGAUUGUUGUUACAACUACUAAAGAAUGAUUACCGAGACGAUAAUAGAGAGUCUAAGACCUUGAGAGAAGUCAAAGAGUUAGAUAAAUUGAGAGUAAAUGCAUUACUUGUCCAGAAUAAUAAAUUAGCAAUAGAAAUAAAAUAGUUGUCAAAUAAAUUAAAAGAACUGGAAGAAAGUCAAGAUGUUGUCAAAUUAAGAGAAGAAAUAUAAAGGAUUACUUAGGUAAAGGAUGAUUAAAUUAAUCGAUUAAUAAUAUUGAAUGAUACCAAAGAAAAGUAAGUGUCCAAGAACAGUCAACUUAUCAUUUAAUUGAAAUCAGUAAUCUAGAAGUAGGAUAGUUAAAUUCAAAUUCUAGAAAACUAUUUAGAAAGUGACAAAAAGAAAUACAGUCAUAUUGAAAAUACAUAUGACAAAAUGGUUAGUGAAAAUAGACAUCUGAAUGAGUUGUGCAAAAUGCAAGAAGAAGAUCUCACAGCUCACUAUUUCAGAUAUAGACAUUACUUAAGGGAGGAGGCUAAAUCUAGAAAGAAAUUGCUAAUGCUGUAAGAUGAGAUAGACAAGAUGAAAAUCGAAAAGAGUAAGAGACCUGAAGUCCCAAAAGUAGAUCCAGAGUAGGAAUAGAAGUUAUUAAGACUUGCUUACAACUUUUCUCAAGAUAAACAAUACUUUAAAAUUAUGAAAGAACUCACUCAACUCAAUAUUACUAAGUUGAGUGAUCAAGAAUAAACAACCAUCAUGUUCCUAAAAAAUGUUCGUUAUGAUUAUAUUUACAAUGAUUCUCUGACUAAGUUCUAAUAUCCUCGUCCUAGUUUUCUAUUGUUUUAUGAAUCAAAUAUGAAGAAUUUGGAAUCAGAUUAUAGGAACAUCGAAUUUCAUUAAAUUAGCAUACUAUUCUUUGCUACCAUCAGAGCAAUUUUAGAUUCAUAAUAUAAUGAAUUUCUGUAUCGGGAUAAUCAAUAUACGCUUGUUAAGUUUGCAGAUUUUGUUUAUGGAUGGAUAAGCACUUUUAUAAUCAAUCCCAAGACACGAUAAAUAGAAAUAAUUAAAGAUAGAAGUUUUGAGCAUCUAGAACCAAUAAGAACUGAUUUUAUCUUGGAUUGUUUAAGUCCUAAAUUAUCUAAAUUACAUGAAGUCAUUAUCUUUAAUGAAUUACUUUUUGAACUGAGUUCUCCAGAUGAACUUUACUAUUAUUUAUAUUCCAGAUUCUUGAUUUUUAAAGGAAGUUUAUCUCAUUAACAGAGGUAUAGUUUUGAAGCAGUCCUUUUUGUUUAAUUGAGUUGGAUUCAAUAAAUUUUAGAAUAGAUCUUAUGGAAAUAUGAUCAAUCUAUGUACAAUUAAAUCAAUUAAAUAAUAAUUGAGAGCAGUGUAACAAAAGCAAAAGGGACAAUUGUGGAUGGGCAUUACGUAUUGAGAAUUCUGCUUGAGUUAUAUAGGACAGAGAGGAAGAAUCGAUUGGCUAUGCUUAAAGAAGUAUUUAGUGCUUGUGUAUCAGUAUAAAGUUCAGGUAAGAGUGGAGUUACUUUUAAGAAUUUCAAAAAAAUAUUCUAAAGCAAUUUUCCAGAGGUUUCAGAUUCAGAAAUUUGUUCACUCUUUAGAGAAUCAUAUAUGUGUGGAGAUGGAGUAGUGACAGCUGAAUCAUUUUUCACGGCUGCUUCUGAAUCCUGCUUUUUUGUCAAAUAGAUGUUACUCAAAACAUUAAAUAAGACCCCAGUGGUUGAGUUAAAUGAAAUCUCAUACAAAGAAAGCAAUUUACCCUUUCUGGAUUUCUAUUAACAUUAUAAGCAAUUGCCACAUCAUCUAGUAUAAAAAUGCUGUCUAUAAUUUGGAUUACACUCAGUUAUUCUUGAAUUAGAAGUGUUGCAUAAACUCAUCAAAAACUAUUUUUAAGAUUAAUACAAUUAAUAUUCUCUCUUCUCUACAGUAACUAAGCUGAUUCAUAUUUAUAAUACUGUUAUUGACUUGCAUAUGAGACAGUAGAAUACAUUCUGUAAGGAUUGGGAUUAAAGUGAGAUUGAAUCACUGAAAUCUCUGAAUAACUAAUUAUCUUAAUUGUUCUCGCCAUUAAUAGAGUAUGAUUAGUAGAAGAAACUGUAAAAUAUUGCCAAAUAGAGGAAAUUAAGACCUCUGCAAAUAUUUGUAAAGAACAGAGUUUAAAGAUUUUAUUAAAUGAUAGCCAGUAUCAUAAACAAUAAUAACAUUAAUGUAGCAGAUCCAUAAAUGGCAAAGAGGAGAUUUACGAAAUAGUCUUCGAUUAAAAUGUAAUGA